UCUCUCUUCUCUCUCAAGCGCUCGACUUUUCGCGCUACUUUUUCUUGGUCUUCUGUUGAUUUGAUUCUCUCAUUUCUCUCUUUGGGAGGCUUAGAGCUUGAAAGAUUUCGAUUGAAAAGCCCUAGUUCAAAAGUAAGCAGGUGCCAAUUCCCAAGAUCUGAAAUUCUUUGGCUGGAAUUUUGGCGACAAAUAAGCUCAAAGAGCUGAAUUCGGCUUGGAUUUCUGAAUCAUUGUGUACAAAUGGAGUUAAGAAGUCGCAACAAUUUGCAUUUUGUAAAUUCCAUUAAGGACGGAUCGGCCAAGAGAGUGUUGAAUGUGGAUACCCACAGGAGGCCAAAACUAAAGUUUAGACUUUUAGAAGAUGUCUACAAGGAGGGAUGCCCCAAAGAUGAGUGGCUCCCAAAAAUCCAGCCAAGAGCAGUCAGGGAAUUGGACAGCUUUCCUGACAUGACAGAUGUCUCCUGUCUGAUGGCAGCCGAGAUGAAUGUCAAACAUGAGCCGGAAGAUUUUGAUGCUGAAUCAGAGGCAACUGUUUGCAAGAUAGAUGGAACCUGUGAUGAUCUUGGCUUUGGUGACAUGACACUGCAGCAGAUACGGAAACAAUGGAAGGCGAAUAAAAGGAAAUGUCAGAACCGUAUAAAUAUUGAGACUGCAAACAAUGGCUCUCCCGUUAAACAAGAAUGUUUCAAUCUUCAACCUGAAAAUGGGGGAUGUGAUCUUGAGGAGCCUCUUAGUUGUUGGGUAACUAAGUUACCCAGAAGACGAAAGGAAAAGAAAAUAAAGCGCAGUUCUGCUCCCUCUCCAGCCAAGAGAAAAGGAGAUUUCUCUGUUUCUUAUGAAAUCAAGACUGAGGCUUUGGAAGAUUGCUGCUUGGUUUCUGAAACCAUGUCUUUCUUUCCAUCUGAUCCUUCACCAAACUCUAACAAAUCGCCAAGUGUUUCUGGAAUGGUGUCGUUUGAAGUCCCCAUAACUCCAUCAACUGUGGAAGAAAUCAUUAGUGAUGAGUUCAUUGAGCUUCCGGAUACAAGACGACAAGCUCUAUGCAGUGUUAUUGAUAAGUUUGCCCUAGAGGAUCAGGAGAAUGCCGGUCCUGUAAAUGCUUUGAGUGCUAGUGUUUCUGGUGAGGAGAUUAGAUUGGCUGAUAAUUCAGAGGAAACUUAUCCUCAGAAUUCAGAUUUCUCCUGGGCGGAAUCUGGGAACAAAGGUUGUGCCGAAAACCCCAUCUCCUCCAAGACAAGCUUGGAAAGUGAAUGUGCCAGAGAGAAUCAGGAAAUCAUUGAUCAAAAUCCUGAUAUGGAUGUGGAAGUAACUAAUGGAGAGACUGUAAAGGUAGAAAGCCAAGAAACUCUCUCUGUAGAGUACUCGGGCUUGCCCUUGGUAGGUUUUGCAGAGGAGAACCACAUAACUCGUGCACCAUCCUCCAACUUCUCUGAAACAGACGGUUUAGAAAGGGACUAUCACCCAGAGAAAAACCAGAUAAUCUGUUCUCCAAAUUAUUCAUCUCCAACGGCAAGUCCCAGGAUUCAAGUUCAAGAACUCGAUAUAGAUUACAUCGUUCUUGGUCUUGAAUCUUGUGAUUUAAACACAGUGGAAAGUUCAUGUGGAACCAAAGAUAUCAAUAAGGAUGAUUUGCCUGACGCAUCCAAAACAACUGCUAUUGAUCAUCAGGAUAGUUCAGAUUCAGCCUCUGAUGACUGCAUGAUUUCUGGAGAUGAAGAUUAUACGUCAGAAAGGAGACAAUCCAUAUCCUAUGGAUACACAGAUACAACAGAACACUGUGAACCGAUACUAUCCUCUAAUGUGUCAGAAACUGAAGGUAUCCAGCAACAAAAGCUGCGACAUCCACCUGAAAAACUAUUCUCGGGGAGAAAGGUCAUUUCCCCAUCCUCUCAAGCAAAACUUUGCAAGGCAAUGGAGCAACCCGAUUCACCAGAAAAAAGGAUUACCAAAUGGAAGGGGAAACUGUAUUUCAGUAGUCAAAAUGCACAUAGGAUUCUUAAGGCCAAAGGACUGGGAGACAUUGAGAGAAUCGUCGAAGCCAGUCCAACCGCAAAGCAAGUAAUUCAGAAGCCAAAUAAUUCUGGGCAAACUCAGCAUCGAAAGCCAGCAAUCAAGAUUUCUCGUCAAAAUAGUCCAGCAGAAGCUCCACGGCGGUUUAGCACGGCAUGCACCACGGUCCGAGAUUGUUCACAGAACGCCAUUGCCUUCUCGCAACGUCAGAUGCAUGAUAUCCAGAACCUUGCAACUAAGCUCACCAGCCAGCUGCAAUCUAUGAAAGAGAUAACCGAAAGAUAUCUUCAAGACGAAGAAUUCAGCCCCUCGAAACUGCCAAAGUAUAACGCGGACGAGGCGAGAAUCGCGGUUAGAAAUGCAGAUAGAGCCGAAGAGACUGCGAGAAAGUGGCUUUCUAUAAUGGAACGUGACUGCAACCGGUUCUGCAAACUGAUGGGAAUGAUCCAUGAAGAUUCUGCUGCUUUCGAAAAUAUAGCAAAGAAGAAGAAAAAGAAGAUAACUUUCGCAGAUGAUGCAGGAGGGGAUCUCUGUCAUGUAAAGGUUUUCGACAUCGACAUGGAAUCUCCGUCAAUGCCCGAACCAUGAGAACGCACUCGGACAGAAUCUUACGAGUUUCCGACAGUAAGUACAUUCAUGUCCUUUGGACUCGGCACCUGAUCUGAUCGGUGGAUACAUACGGAAUCCGUGACAUCUUUAGCUACAGUACGCAGAGAGAGCCUUUUAAUUAUUACCAAGUUUUCUUUUUAAUUUUUUUUUAUGUUGUCUGUCUGUCUGUCUUAAAGCUAAUAUUUUCAAUUAUCAAAUUUGCUUUUUCCCGACAAAAAAUAAAAUAAUACUUGAGGGUAGCGUCAUUAUGUCAUCA